UUUUGCCGUGGAGUUUUGUCUUUUUGCCUUGGAGUUUUGUUUAUUGCCGUGGAGUUUCGUUUAUUGCCGUGGAGUUUUGUUAUUUGCCGUGGAGUUUUGUUUAUUGCCGUGAAGUUUUGUUUAUUGCAGUGGUACCUGUGGGCCACCGUAUUAAUAAGCUCCAGCAUACUGACGUACCAGCUGUUGGGCAACCCAGUGCACGCUCCAACUAGAGCGUCUUGUUGGUAUUUGUAAAAAAAUCCUAUUGUACGUGGAGUGGUGUGUUGCCGKAUUUUCUGUUACGUAUACUCACCAGGAAAGGAAACCUCGCGUGAGUAAUUUCUCAAUCUUCCAGACUACGGAAGACUUGGACUGGAUCUUUUAGGCGUUCAAAUUCAAAGGAAAAGAAUAACAUGUACUGCUAACGACCGACCGCCCGWCGAAAUCGUGGUCAAAACUGUGUCAAAGUAAUUGACACUUGAAGCAAAUUUGCAUUGUUUGGACAGCUGCAGUAGAAUAAGAUAGUAACUUUGACGAAGAAUUGUUGAAUGUUUUCAAAGAUGUGGAGAAGAUUCUUCCAAGUCAGAAGACCACAACGAACGUUAAUUUUUAUUCUUGUUAUUAGCAAUUUCGUUUACUUCUUGUGCGUACACUAUGACGAAGGUGUUCCCUCGCUGAAAGGCAGUGCUUUAUACCAUAACGACUACACAAAUACAGUAUUUCACUCGCAGAAAAAAAUUGAGGGUUUUGAGGACACUGAAAUUUCACAUGGAAAGGUUAACAUGGAUAUUUGGAGAGGUAUGUGUACGUUGAGUUUUAACAGCUUGAGACAGCAUCCUUUCUUUCCUUGUCAUCCAACGGUUCACUCGUACUUGGAGAUUGCAGACGCAUUGAAGAUUAUUGUGGAAGGGAGUUCGUUUGGAUUAAGAGUCAUGGGAUAUCUCCAUCCUCCUGUAUCUGGAUAUUAUUCUUUUUAUUUGGAUUCUUACUUCAUGGCCCAGUUUUGGCUUAGCACAAACGGCCCAGACAACGCUACUAAACUAGCCUACACCACACGCAACAAGAUCGGUGAAUUAGUUCACUUCGUUGGAAACUCUYCCUUGCACAAAUCUAAAAGGAUAUUCCUUAAACAUGACAAGAAAUACUAUUUUGAGAUUUUAAAGGUUUUGAAUGGAGGAAUUGGUUAUGGGAGAGAUGUUUUUAAGACACGGCUCGAAUGGAUGCUACCAGGAGAACCCUUCUUCACUAAUAUUGAUGGCAGAUAUCUCUCUCAUUACUUCAAUGUGUCUGGGAAUGACUCGCAAUGCACUCAUUUUGAUAAUUCUUCACCAAGUCUUCUAAUUUCUGAUGAAGAAGACCAAGUCGUUGGGCUWUCUUUUCCGCCCGAACAUAACACCAAGUCACUUCAAUAUAAGCAAUUUAACAGGCAAAAUGUACGAGGACUUUCUUAUAUAGAAAGAAAUUAUUCGUUGGUAGCUUUUCCAACAUGUAAAURUGMGCCAAGUCAUAUGAAAAGGAGGGAAUACAAACGAUAUUCUGGCGUUUWUAMCGUUUUUUAUCCAAAGAUUUAUCCUGAUGAUGGGUCUUGGAGCGUUCGUUUUGCACGGAUUAAAGAUAAGGAUGAUGAUCGCUGGGAAGGAGCUACUUUUAUGAACAAAACCGACGUCGACUUAGUAGCAACAUCAUUCAUGAAUGGACUUSGCAAAGCAUUUCCGGGAACCUUCGAACUSGUCGAUAUUGUUCACAUAGAAAGUGUUCACGAUAACGAAAGAGGAGACCGGUUCCUUCUCGACCUGGUUCUCAAACGCCACCAAGAUAACAAACUACUACGAGUCUCUGAAUUCAUGUUCCGAAAUAAAAGCCAACAUGAACUUUGUAUUCUUAAAGAUCUCAGCUGGAAUCCUAAGGUGUGGAUUAACAUCGUUCUUACUGUCAAGAAUCAAGCAGAAUGGGUGUUGUAUUUUAUUAAGGAUGUUUCGCGUGUGGUAAAGGAGACAAGCGACAAUUUUAUCAAUGCUAUUAUUGUUGAUUAUGGUAAUGAUGGACUUGACAUUGGUAACGAAAUGCAACGGUAUGGGAUAAGGAAUUAUGAAGUUAUCAAUCAAACUGGAGUAUUUCACAAGACAGCUUCAAUCAAUCUUGCUGCCAGUAGAGUCAGAGAUCCAAAUGGUAUUGUUCUCUUAAUGGACCUCCAUUUACAGCUCAGCCCAGAUUUCUUUGACAAGAUAAGAAAGCACACAUUUCAGRGGAUACUGGCUUUUGCUCCUAUUUUAUUCAGACUGGAUUCCUGUGGUAGACCAAGAACCAACCAUGUUUGCCCUAGCGGAUUUUGGGAAUCACUUGGAUUUGGAAUUUUUGCCAUAUACAAGUCAGACUGGGACARSUUCGGAGGAAUGAACGUUAAAGAAUUCACUAACAAGUGGGGAGGAGAAGAUUGGGAAAUGGUAGACCGAGUCCUAUCCAGUGGCAUCGAGAUCGACAAACAACGAGUUCCAGGGUUUUAUCAUUUCUAUCACGAUAAAAAGGGAAUGUGGGAUACCUAAAAACCAACGGUUMCCAGUCAACGAUAUAUUUGAACGCUAAUAACCAAACACAUCGUACUURUAAACCCAAGUUCAGACUAGAUACAUUCAUCCAUUAUGACAAAAUUAUGACGAAUCCCUAUUUGAUAUAAGCC